UUUUUUUUACAAUAUGUUAAAAUCAUCUUAAUAAUAUUUCACCAAAAAAACAAAAAGUUGGGACAACAAAAUUCCAUUCCCUACCCACUUUCAAAUCUCAAAACAUUUUUUUUUUUUUGAAGAAAGAAGAACAACUUUGCCCAAUUAUGAAUUUUGUCAAAAAAAAUUGUACCAAUUGAUUCUUCCCAAACAAAUGCUCAAAAAAGUGCAACAAUUUCAAUGCAAAUUCUCACUAUAGAGUAAAACAGCUGACAAUCACGUGACCUUUUUCUCAAUUUUCUUCCCUCCUUUAAUUUCCUCAAACCACGCGCCCUCCUGUUCAUCCCUGUUUCUCCUUCUCUCUCUUUCUCUCUCCUCUCGUGUGUCAGCCUUUUGAUUCUUCAUUCUACAUAUAGCUCUUCUUUCCAAUUUCAAAUUGUUUACAUAAAUUAUCCCAAAAAUUUAGGGAAAAAAAAAAAAUUCCCCUUUUAGCAGGACUUCUCCUCUCACUCCCUCAGAUCUGCCUCUUUGCUGGGACAUGGGGAUUAUAUCCCGGAAAUUAUUUCCAGCAUGUGGAAGAAUGUGUGUAUGUUGUCCUGCACUAAGGUCCAGGUCCAGGCAACCUGUUAAGCGCUACAAAAAGUUGAUUGCUGACAUUUUCCCCAAAUCUCCUGACGGCCAGCCAAAUGAACGGAAACUUGUAAAGUUGUGUGAGUAUGCUGCCAAGAACCCUCUUCGUAUCCCUAAGAUUACAAAACAACUCGAAGAGAGAUUCUUUAGGGAAUUGCGGCAUGGACACCUUAAGACUGUUGGCUUUGUCAUGGAAGCCUAUAAUAAGUUGCUCUGCGUGUGCGGGAAACAAAUGACAUACUUUGCAGCCAGUCUGUUGCUUCUUAGUGACGAGGUUUUGGAUCUCUCUAAGGAAGUUUCUGUACAAGUAGCUGGAUGCCAAACAUUAACUCGAUUUAUCUAUAGUCAGAAUGAUAGCACUUAUGCCCGCAAUAUCGCGACUCUUGUUAACAAAGUCUGCAUGUUAGCUCGGGAAACGGGGGAAGAACAUCAGAAACAUUCCUUGAGAGCCUCAUGCCUACAGUGCCUUUCAGCUAUGGUGUGGUACAUGGCUGAGUUCUCGCACAUUUUUGACAAUAUAGACGAGAUUGUGCAAAUCAUAUUGGACAACUAUGAGGGCGAUGUGCAAAUUGAGGAAACAGAAGAACCACGUCAUCACUGGUUGGAUGAGGUUGUUAGAUGUGCAGGAGGAGGUUGUGCUGUAGCUGGAGUUGCAAGUCCUUGCUGUACUGCUGUCAGGCCUCCUCCGGACAGGAAACACAUUUCUUCAUUAACAAAAGAGGAGAUGGAGAAUCCGAGAGUGUGGGCUCAAAUUUGUCUUCAACGAUUGGCCGAGCUUGCAAAAGAGAGCUCCACUAUGCGUCAGGUUCUAGAGCCAAUGUUUACAUAUUUUGAUGUGGGGCGCCAUUGGUCUACCCAGCAAGGUUUGGCUGUCACAAUUCUUUGUGAUAUGUGCUAUUUCAUGGAAGUGCCAGAAAAUCAGCAAGUAAUUUUGAAUGGCAUAAUACGUCAUAUGGACCAUAAAAAUGUUGCACAAGACCCUCUAGUCAAGUCUUGCGUGGUCCAAGCUGCUGCAAAUGUGGCACGGCAAAUUAGGUCUGUUGCAACUCUUUCUGAUGUUGGGUUUGUUGGUGACUUGUUGCGACACUUGAGGAAGAGUCUCCAGUCAAUUGCUAGUCCUGUUCGAGAGGAAGAGAUUAACUUGAAUAUCCACCUGCAAAAUUCAAUUGAAUCUUGCCUACUUGAAAUUGCAAAAGGCAUUAAGGAUGCAGAUUCAUUGUUUUAUUUGAUGGUAAUAGCACUGGAGAAGUUGCCUCCGGUUGGAGUUGUUGCCCGAGCAACAAUGGGCUCAGUGUUAAUUCUUGCUCAUGUAUCAGUGGCAGUCCACUCCCAUUUGCAGCUGGCUUUCCCGGAAGCACUUCUCAUUCAAAUUUUGAAAGCUAUGCUGCACACAGAUACCGAAGCACGUGUUGUGGCUCAUCAGAUAUUUUCUGUUCUCUUGUUUCCGAGCUCCUGGAGAUCUUAUGAAACAAGGAGAUGGCAGUCUAACAGGAGAUCUGCAUUAGCUUCUGUCACAGAUUUACUUGAUAAGCUUCGAAAAGAAAAAGAUUAUACUGUAGAAAAGACUGUUGAUGGUGGUUUAGAUGAGUUUAAGGGUAAAGAAAUCCCGGAGGAUGAGUGUAAACAGGGAUGGCGACGGAGCUCCCCUAACUUCCACAAAUUAAGCUCUAUUAUUGACCGGACAGCUGGAUCCAACAGCAUACCUGAGGAAACAUGUAUAAUGAAGUUGAGUGAAGAUCAGAUGUUGCAAUUGCUUUCUGGCUAUUGGAUACAGGCUACCCUUUCAGAUAAUUUACCAUCAAAUUUUGAAGCAAUAGCCCAUUCUUAUUGCUUGAUGCUCAUAUCUUCACACAUUAAGAAUACAAAUCACAGUGUUGUUGUGCGCUUUUUCCAGCUUCCCUUGUCCCUAAGAAAUGUAUCAUUGUUUGGCGACUGUGGGAUGUUGCCAUUUGCUUGCCGGAGAUCAAUGUUCAUAACAUCAACUGCGAUGCUAAUGUUUGCUGCCAGAAUGUAUCAGAUGAUUGAGCUGAAUGAUCUGCUAAGGUCCCAAGUUCCAUCUGAUGUUGAUCCCUUAUUGGGCAUCAACGAGGACCUUCUGGUGUAUGUCAAACCUCAAGCGGACAUUGGACAGUAUGGUUCAGCAUUAGAUAAUCAAGCAGCUAUAUCAUUUCUAUCUGAAUUACGAGAAAAGAAUCUUGAUCAUGAGAAGAUUACGAUGGACAUCAUAGUGAGAUAUCUUUGUUGCAUGAUUAAGAUCGAGGAAGAAGAGUUACUUAAUCAGCUGUCUACCAUAUUCACUCCUGAUGAGGCUUUCAUCUUCACUCCGAAAGAAUUAAGAGAAUUGGAUCACACUCAUAUCAUGCGCCACUUGAAGGAUUCCCCUUCUUUGGACGGUGAAUUAUCUGUAAGUUCAAUUGUUGAAGAUGAUGUGACAAGUUCAUUGUCUGUUUUGAAUAUUUCUGGCCAAAGAGUGCCACAUUCCCGUUCAGAUUCUAAUAUCAUGAGCAUCGGACAGCUUUUAGAAUCAGCACUUGAAGUGGCUGGACAAGUUGUUGGGACAUCUGUAUCGAACUCUCCCUUAUCUUACAGUAUCAUGGCUGGUCAAUGUGAAGCACUUGAGUCGGGAACUAGGAAGAAGCUCUGCAAUUGGUUGGCCCAAGAAAAAUCUACUGGCGAUGUAUUUGCUCCUUUCUCUGAUGGACCAACUGUAAUUAACCCGGUAUCGCCUCGUGCGGAUGGUAUACACGGAGAAGUGGGACCCCACGAGCAGUUUAGUUCUCUGAGGUUGCCUCCUGCAAGUCCCUUCGACAACUUCCUCCACGCAGUUUCAGGACCACGACCUAUGUUAGCUGGACUAUCCCCUUGAAGGAGAUGAUGCAUACAGAAUUGUAUUAACUUAUUAGUGUAUCGAGCUAGGUAUUAGUGUGCACUGACUACUGAGUAGUUUUAUGGUGGAUCACUGUUAACUAAGUAGGUGUAGGUUACAACUUAAGAAAAUGUGAAUCCCUUGUUUAUCUAAUCUAAUUGACUCAUCAGUGACUCAACGCUUUCUGUUA